CAGCAGACAUUACACUGAAUCCAAACUACACCAAGGGAAAAAGAAUAACACUGCAUUUUAUCUACCGCAGAUACUUUGGGUGCAAAUCAUCCAUUUUGCAAACUUUCCUUUGUAGAGAUUUUUUAGAUUUUAUUUGAUGCUUUCUUUAUUCUCUCUCUCUCUCUUUGGCAUAUCUAUCGCAGCAGAGGAAAGCAUCACUUUUAUUUUUUUCCCCCGGUGGAAGAAGGGCUAGUCCAGUUUCUCCGCCUGGGAUUGGGAUUUGACAGCAGCAGAGCAUCUUGUUUUCAGCAUUUUGAAUACAUUCCGGGUUUUUUUUAUUUUAUUUUAUUUUUUAUUUUUUUUGGCUUGGACUUUCUAAGAGUAGCAGUUUCGAGCAGACCCCGGUUUUGUGUUUGUCUGUGUAGCUACAUGAUGGCUACUUUACCAGGAACAGUGCCUCGGAUGGUGCGCCCUGCGCCAGGCCAGAACUACCCCCGAACCGGCUUCCCCCUGGAAGUAUCCACGCCUCUGGGCCAGGGUAGGGUGAACCAGCUUGGCGGAGUGUUCAUCAACGGGAGGCCCUUGCCAAAUCACAUCCGACACAAGAUAGUGGAGAUGGCCCACCACGGCAUCCGACCUUGCGUAAUCUCGCGACAACUGCGAGUUUCUCACGGUUGUGUCUCCAAGAUCCUCUGCCGGUACCAAGAGACCGGCUCGAUCCGUCCCGGGGCCAUAGGAGGCAGCAAGCCCAGGCAGGUGGCAACGCCUGACGUGGAGAAGCGGAUCGAAGAGUACAAGAGAGAAAACCCAGGCAUGUUCAGCUGGGAGAUCCGGGAUAAGCUGCUGAAGGACGGGGUGUGCGACAGAAGCACAGUUCCUUCAGGUGAGGCUUCAUCUGUGAGCUCCAUCAGCCGCGUUUUGAGGGCCCGAUUUGGCAAAAAAGAUGACGAGGAUGACUGUGAUAAGAAGGAUGAAGAUGGAGAAAAGAAAACAAAGCAUAGCAUCGAUGGCAUCCUCGGUGAUAAAUGUAACCGGACAGAUGAUGGUUCAGAUGUCGAUUCUGAGCCCGACUUGCCUCUUAAAAGGAAGCAGAGGCGCAGCCGCACCACCUUCACCGCCGAGCAGCUGGAAGAGCUGGAGAAGGCUUUCGAAAGGACGCAUUAUCCUGACAUCUACACCAGAGAGGAGCUGGCUCAGAGGACGAAACUUACAGAGGCCAGAGUACAGGUCUGGUUCAGCAACAGGCGGGCUCGGUGGCGCAAACAGGCCGGGGCCAAUCAGCUAGCUGCCUUCAACCACCUUCUUCCUGGAGGAUUCCCACCCACGGGGAUGCCAACUUUACCCACAUACCAGCUACCAGAGUCCAGCUACCCCAGCACCACACUAUCGCAGGAGGGCAGCAGUACAUUGCACAGGCCCCAACCCUUGCCUCCAUCCUCCAUGCAUCAGGGAGGUCUGAGUGCUGACAGCAGCUCUGCUUACGGUCUGUCGUCCAAUCGCCACAGCUUCUCCAGCUACUCUGACACAUUCAUGAGCCCCUCAGCAUCCAGCAACCACAUGAACUCCGUUGGCAACGGGCUCUCCCCGCAGGUGAUGAGUAUCCUGAGUAACCCUAGUGCUGUACCCUCCCAGCCCCAGCACGACUUUUCCAUUUCCCCCCUGCACAGCAGCCUGGAGAGCUCCAACCCCAUCUCAGCCAGCUGCAGCCAGCGCUCUGACACCAUCAAGAGUGUGGACAGCCUGGCUUCCUCGCAGUCAUACUGCCCUCCUACAUACAGCGCCACCAGCUACAGUGUGGACCCCGUCACUGCAGGCUACCAGUACAGCCAGUAUGGCCAGACUGCUGUAGACUACCUGGCUAAAAAUGUGAGCUUGUCCACCCAGAGGAGGAUGAAGCUUGGAGACCACUCGGCAGUGCUGGGGCUGCUGCAGGUGGAGACGGGACAGGCUUACUGAAGCCACUCGGGACAAACCCUGCACCUCUCUCUAUUUCACCCUUUGCCACCCUCCUCCAUGCUCCAUCAAGUCUGGACUGCAACUCCAGCUCGUCUAUCUGCAGCUCGGCCAUGACAUCAGUGAACAGACGUGCGCCCUCACUCUGUGCCAGAGAAAGUGACGCUUGUGAGAGAGCGAAAAGUCCCUUUUCGGGAAUGGAGCUAAACUUUUCACACCACCAGGCGGCUCUGCACCCUUUCUCCCCACCCUUUGGGCAUAAUUGCCCGCUCCUUGUACUCAUGUCCCAGCCUCAGACCUGUUUAUUUUACUCAGUGGGCCAAAAAGGACCCCCAGAUGACCAAAGGAUGGUCAACUUCAUUGGCCCAGAUUCCUCCUUGUCAUGGCUGCAGUCCAGCACACAUUUAGAGCCAUCAACAACAUGUACUUUUGACCUUGCUGUUCAUAGUAGUUAACAAAGCCAAUAUCAUUUGAACGACUCUUCUUCUUGUUCUUUUUUGAUAUUGUUAAGACUAUUGUUGCUGUUAUAUGAUUAUGGUUAAUGUGAUUUCUGUUGUUCUUUGAUUCCAUUCGUAUCUCUUUUCUCCGUUAGAUGUCGGUGUGUAAAACACAGAGAAUGACUGAGAUGAUCUGGAAGCGAUUGUCUGUUGCAUAUGCAUGUUUGCGUGUCGGCACACAGUCACACAAAAGAGGAUGAUUGUUUUCCAAGCUGCUGUUCCUCUGCCUGUUCCCUGAGCUCAAAUAUUUGUGAGCGAUUUGACCUUCCCACUUUCAUAUUCGUCUUGACAUUCCUAAAGAACUCUGCCAUACUGUGGGAAGUCUGGCUGGCUGGAUUCUGCAGGGAAUUAAAGCAGCGUUUUGGCGGCCAAUAGCUUUCCCCUUGUAACCUCCAUCCCAUCCUUAGUGGUGGUCCAUAGGGAGGAGGGCAUUGUUUGCAAAAACAGGAUUGGGGAAAUUAAUGUAUUUUGAAACAUGGACCUUGCCAAGCUCAACCACCCCCUCAUACGAACACACACACACACACACACCUCCCCAUUCCUCCCAAAUCCCAUCUGCCAGGGAAUCCUGUGUGACUUAAACAGUGUGAAGCAGAUUAAAUCACACGAAUAUAAUGUCAAAGCUAAUUCACAGUGACCCUUCUCAUCACUAGCCAGUAUUUCAGGUUUCUUUAUAGCAUAAUUAGCACAUUUUGUAAAUGCACACUGUGUUGGCUUUCCACCUUUCGACUAAAUUCCUUCAGAACAUUCCUCAGCCUCCAUCUCCAACAUACUAUAGGCAUUCCAGCAUUCUCUGUUAUGAGAUUAAAAAGUAGACAAGCUGUGCCAUUCACAUGCACUCUGGAAAAUCAUAUAAUCCAGUCAGUUGUGAAAGGGCACAGGUAACUCCGCUGAUUGGCCCCCUUCUCUGGUUUGGACCAGAGCCACGUCUAAUCCUCCGCUUUCACAUACUCACCCAAAUGUACAAAAAAGACGAAAAAAAAAAGUUUAAAUAAUAGUGGAUAUGAGACAUUUGUGUAGCACGCAUUGUUGACUUGAUCCAGGACCAGCUGUUCCCUUGAGAUGUAUGUGAUAUUUUUCAUUGACAUCAGUGUGAUUAUUAUGACAGUUAAUGCUCAAGAAAGGAUCUGGUCCUUCGUCGCCUUUAAAAUCUGAAAAAAUGUACAGUAGCUGGAGCAGAUUGUGUAUUGUUUCUUUAUAAAGAGUAUGUUUUAUACUAAAACAACACUAUGUUGAGUGGUAGGUAAGCAAGGGAUCUGUGGAAGUAAAUGUUUUGGUUUUCUUUUUUCUGUUUUCUUUUUAAUGUAUUUAAUUGGUUUACUUGUUUCAACCAAAAGUUUUGAGUCUGUUUUUUUUUCUGACCCAGGUAAGAAUUGAUUUGUAUAAAUGAGUAAAAUAUAAAUUCCACUGAAAAUGUUCCAAUUAAAAUGACAUUUAAGAGGGUAAAACUGAGCUUGAAGGAAAAUGAAAGCUUGGUGUCACAGACAGACUCCCCCUGAACCACAGGACCGCUGUAUAUUUAAAAGGUGGCUGAAUUAAACAUCUUCAGGGUGUUUUUGACCGCCUGUUUUACAGACUGAGUAUAAAAGCAGGCCAGCUAUCACUGGACCAAGGACCUAACACACCUGAGCCUUCGGUGUGUGACUCUGCCAAUGGACCAGCGUGAUGAUGAUGAUAAUGAUGAUGAUAAUAAUGCCAGAGACAACAGGCUUUCUACUCUGGGAAUUUGUUGGAUUUGUGGACCAAUAAGACUUCAGGAGAAAACGUCAAAGUAAUGCUGACUCCGCACUGAACCGCAGCAGUUGCUGCUCCAACUGCUUCACUUAGACGCCUCACUCAUGUGUAUAUUUUAAAAAGGAAGAGUUUUAGAAUUGUCUUUAGUGUAUCAAACCCAUUUCUAACACUCGCAUCAAUAAACAUUUGGGUAUUUAAGGCAUACAACUCCUUCCCUCCCAGCCCUCCCCACUCCCUCCUCCCGUCUGUUUGACCCUUAACCUGUUUAGUUGCUUUUUGACAUCUGUGCUUUGCUUUACUCCUUUUUCUGUUCCGCAUGUGUGUAUAUUAUCAUGGUAUAAUUUAUUCUGCUGUAUGAAGUAUUAGAGUAGUGGGAAACUUGUAUUGGUAUUUACUACCUUCAGCCUGUUGGUGUGUUUACUGUAACACUGGCGUAACUGUUA